CGCACCUUCAUAAUCCUCCAAGCUUGAGCGAGAGAAACAAAGCUAUGGCGAUUGGAAUAUUGGAGGUCAAUUUGGUAAAUGGAAAAGGAUUUCGAGGCAAAGAUAUCCUGGGUAAAAUUGACCCUUAUGUUCUGAUUCAGUAUAAGGGCCAAGAACAAAAGAGCAGUGUGGCUAAAAAUGCAAGUGAAAGUCCGGUAUGGAAUGAGAAGUUUAAAUUCCAAGCAGAGUACCCUGGGAGCGGUGGUGAUUACAAGAUCAUCCUCAAAGUCAUGGACAAAGACACUUUUUCUGCUGAUGAUUUCAUUGGCCAAGCCACGAUAUAUAUCAAGGAUUUAUUAGCUUUUGGAGUUGAAAAUGGGAAGUCGGAGAUAUGGCCUCAAAAGUACAGCGUUGUAGGAGCCAACCUUAAGUACAAUGGUGAAAUUAAAGUUGGAGUGAGCUUCACCCUUGAAGGUCAUUGAUCAAAAAACGCUCAAAAUCUGAACCAAAGUGGGAACUAAGUGGCUUGGCUUCACCAAAUCCAACUUGUUGCUCUAACCAAAUUGUACUUUGUUUUGUUUUGUUUUUUUUAUUAAUAAAAUGUAAUCAAAAUAGUCUAAACUAAGUAAAAUAAGAAGCUAAGUAUUUAAUAAUUU